AUGGGUUCGCGAAGCAGGAACGGAGAGACGCAGCACUUCCCGACAGACAAUCUGCAUUGCAAUCGGCUCCUUCUUCGCCUUCGCCUUUUGCGAGUGCCUCUUUCUCCGCCGAGUUCCUCUCUCGUGACGCAGUCGCGGACCCCCUCCCUCCGUUGCGAAGGGGGAGAGCAGAAAGGGGCAGCCAUUGUUGUUCUUCUGCCUCAGCCGCAGCCUCAGUCAACGCUGCGUUUGAGGUCGCAGCACCUGUCGCUGCUUCGCCCUCCCUGCCUCUCUCUCCUUCCUUCGAUAUAUCUUUUUCUUCUGCCGGAGGCGCCUGGUUCGCUGGUGGGAGAGGCGCGUCUGAGACGCAGGGCAGACAGUGAGACAGACGCAAGGCAUGAAGAGGAAGGAAGCCGUCCCGCGCGAAAAGGAAGCGAAGGCGUGGGCGAGCCUGCGGUGAGGCCCGGAGGCGCUUCUGCGGGAAAUGAAGAGGCGGCUCACGUCUCUGACGCAGGGCACAGUGCCAGCGCGUUCGCGGGGACGCACCAGAACGAAGGAAAGGACGCGGAGGCUAGAAGCGCAGACUUUGCGUUGAGGAAAACUCGGCGCCCGUCUUCUUCCUGGACGUUCUCUCCUCUCACGCCGCCGCUGUUCGCCUCCGCUUCAGACACAGAGGAAGGAAACGAAAGGGGCGACGGCGAAGACGGCAGAAAAGAACUCGAGGCGGAACCCGACAAAGACCUGCGGGAGCAGAGUGACCGAGCGAAAGAAGACGGAGGCGCGAAGGGAGACGAGGAAGGAACCAACGGAGGAGCUCGUGUGCCCCCUGCCUUCGGUGCGUGGAAGCCUCUUCCGCCGCUCUCUUCCGCGGCCUCUCCACCCGCAGGCUGGCGCGCCUCUUCGCGUGAAGCGCGUGAAUCUUCGGACCCGUCCACUCCGUCCUCUCUCUCUCCGCGUUCGCGGCGGCUGUUGCUUCUUGGAAGCCCGAUUCCUGCGGCGGCGCUGUCUCCCUCUCAGGCUUGCAGUCUCGCUGUGAGCAGCACGAAGGGCUUUCCAGUCUUCUGGCGGCGCGUGGGGAGAGAUGAAGAGGGCGGAUUUCGCGAGGCAGACGUGCUAGGGCGCAUUCUCACACCGCAUACGCUCUCCUCCUUCUUCCGUCCAAUUGCGUCCGACUCGCAAAGCGCGAGUGAGUGCGGCGUGAGCGUGGGAGCGAGUCCUCUGGUGGAGACCCCAGUCCGGCAACUCUCGCGCGCCAGUGACGAAAAGGAGGCACAAGGAGACAAAGGGCUAGGAGCCGCCGAGGCACAGGGCAGAGAGAGAAACGACGUCGACUCAGAAACCGGCACGAGAAGGCUUGCCGGCGGAAACGCUGGAGGCUGCGGACUUGCUUACGACUUUGUGCCUCCGAACACCGCGUCGCGAGGAAAAGGAGAAAGACCGCAGAGAGCGAAGGAAGAAACGACGACGGAGAGGUAG